AUGGCUGACGUAUACAGACAAACAAACCAUUCAUUCACAUUCACACCUACGGUCUCGUAUUGACCUGCGGGAGGAAGCCGCCCAGAGAAAACAUGUAAGCUCCACACAGAGCGGCCUUGUUCGGUCCUGGACCCAGAACGUACUUGCUUCUGUGAGGCGACGGCGCCAACCACUGCACCACCGUACCUUUUUGGAUUUCUCUCUGUGGGAUAAUAAAGGGGAAAACACCCCAAACAAACUAAGGUAUGAAAAUGCAAAGACGAGCCUGGUCAGCCUUUUUGAAAUUCUUUUUAAUUUUUUUAUCCUGCAACGUGAGUGAGUAAAGAAACGGUUUGUUUUCCACAUGUUUACUCUGCGUUCAGGAUACAGAGCGAAACAUGAAUAUCACAAGUGUGGAAACUCACCAAGAAAUAGGUUUAAUUAUAAAAACAUACACUUUUACAGACCGACGUGUUUUAGAUCCUCAGAUUUGACCUAUAAUCACGACGACGUGUUGAAAGGUGAACUUUGAAAUGCUGUUAUUGUGAUGCAUGUGUCAUUAAUGUUUCCUGGCAUUUGCUUAUAACGUUGUGCGUCUACACUUUGUUCCUUCUGUUUGCAGGACAGAAAAACUAAAACACCAACCCGCCAUGGUUCCUUAUCUUUUGGCUAACGGCGGUGGGUUUUAGUCCUGGCAGUUUCCGAGCUGUAAACUGCUGCUGAUGGAUGUCACACCCUUAAUUUAAUGAUAACAGAAAAAAAAAACUUGAUGAUCUGCCAUUAAUCACCGGUGAACCCUGCAGUUUACCACUAAUGUUAUCUGUGAUCAGAGGAUACUAGAUAUGCUGACAUUUUUUUUUAAGUUGAUGGCAAAUGUGUUGGUCAGAACCACCGGGAGCAGAUACAGAUCAGCGUAAGCAUCACUUCCUUCCUGAUCAAUGUGGGUACAAGGCCAGUGUUCUGCUCCCCACAGGUUUCGCUCUGAGCUCUUGGCAGGAAAUGAAGUGUGGGUGACCCUGAGAAACCGUCUGCGACAGGAGAACAAUGAUAUUAAAUUUAACAUAAUUAAAUCAUAAAGUUGUGGGUGGGCUGAGACACUGAAAUGCCCCCCCAAGAGGGCUCUUUGAGAAAUCACUGUUCUUAAUUCCAUUUCUUGAGUUUUACACUUACAGUUAUUUAGCAAAUGGUCCUACAUUUGAAUUGGUUUUCCCGUUCUGCCAACAUGGCAUGAAUGCAGCACGCGAAACCUUACAUGUCUUCUGAAGCUUGAAAUCAGUGCUCUCACAUUUUUUUAUGUAGACGGUUCUUCUGCAUGUCUGUCGCCAACUGCAUCCACGUCAUUAAUUGUGCAACGUGUGGAUGCGCACCGUGCAGGCGACCCGUACAUAGGGAGGAAAUUACUUUAUGAUGGCAUGUUGCAGUUGCAUGCCGGGGGGAAUUUAAAGUCCAGCUGUUAUCUCUCUGUGAAAAGGGAGAAGAGGAGGUCAGAGUCCACUAGUGAAAACUCUCUCCAGGUUGUGGUCAGAGCCUCAGAACUGAUCUCUGCCAGAGGAGGAAGGAAGAUGUUUCAGUGGAGGAGCUCGGCGGCGGUGAUUCUCCUGCUGGUUCUCCACUGGGUUGCUGAAUCUCAGGCUCAAACCUGCCAGUCUCCUGAGAGGAAGUGUGAUUUUGUGUGUGACUGUGACAAGUGCAGCGAUGAGCUGAACUGUGGCUACGCAGGGAACGGGUUUGAGUGUGAUUUUGAGGACACAGGAAACUGUGGAUGGAGCGACAGGUCGGUCAACGCAGCGUACGGCUGGGGGAGACACCAGAGAGGAGACACGCUGCCCGACAGCGGCCCGUCCUCUGACUACACCACCGGGACGGCAACAGGUUGGUUUAUGGGCGUGAGUGCAGUGAAGUCAGAAUCUCCCAAAACUGCAGUGUUAGUCUCUCCGGAAAUGCAACAGUCUUCACCGACGUGUCGUCUUCGUCUCAGAUAUUUCCUGUGGGACUCAGGUCACACAGGUCUGGGCUCCACACCUCUGUGGGCGUCCGUCCGCCUCAACGCCUCUUCGGAGGCCGUGGUGUGGCGUCCCGAGGCCACCAGCAUCCGCGGCUGGAGGGAGGCCACCAUCUUUUUGGGCCGCAAUCCAACGACCUUCCAAAUCCAUCUCUACUCACUGCGCUCCGAGGGGCAAAAAGGAGACGUGGCCAUAGACCAGAUGGAGUUCCUAGACUGCGCUCUGCCCCUGCCACUCCCUGGUAAAAAAUGUCCGGCAGAGAUGGUGGAAUGUAAGCGCGAAGGCUGCGUGGAGCGGCGGCAGGUCUGCGACGGCACCGACGACUGCGGCGACGGGACUGAUGAGGAGAAGUGUGAGGGCUACAGGCUGUGCAACUUCGAGGACGGCCUGUGCGACUGGAACCUGAGGUCGCUGUCCAAACUGAAAUGGGUGCGUACGAGUCAGGAGAACAUCUCCAUCUCGGAUCCUCUGAAGGGACCAGGCAGGGAUCACUCCAACAACAGUGCAUCAGGUCACUUCCUUUAUGUCACUGUCCCCGACGGGGGUCUCACAAUGGACUGGGCCGCGUUCCAAAGUCCUCGCCUUGAACCCACCAAUAGUUCACAUCCUUGCAAGAUGGUGAUGUACACUCACCAGUUUGGGCCGAGGUCCGGCGGCCUGACGGUGCUGGUUGCUGACCAGAACAUCUCCGCCGUGUGGGAGCGGGGCGGAGCCCUGGGCGACGUCUGGGUGAAGGCCGAGGCGGAGAUUGUCACCAGCUUCCCUUUCCAGAUUGUAAUAAUGGCGGCGAUCAGAAACUCUGCAUAUGGAGGCAUCGCUAUCGACAGCAUCAUGUUGUCCCCUGAAUGCCGCCUAUCAACGGCGAAUUUUACCCUCGCAAGUUUCCCGAAGUCUCCUAAAGACCCGUGCGCAGAACCUGACAAGAUGUGCGACUUUAACCCAGACUGUCCGGGAGCAGACGAUGAGGCCAAAUGCGGAGAUUUCUCUUACGCCAAAGGCAGCUCAGGCUGGACUGACUCCAGCAUCGGGAGUCAAGGUUGGACGCUGUAUGAAAAUUCCACAUCCAAAGAGGAUUACCUGUUUGUUGCCAAGGCCCCGGGCCAGCAGCUGACUGAGGCCCAGACACGGACCCCCCUCCUGGGACCCUCGGGAGCCGCCUGCUCCCUCAGCUUCGACUUUGCACUGGGUGGGAGUCCAGAUCACAUCGGUGAGCUGUCCGUCAGGGUGAUUGACAGCUUGCUGGGCCCGCAGCCCAAACUGUGGGAGUUCGGCGGGAAGACGGGUGUUGGGGAGGAGGCGUGGCGACGCGCCAACGUCACCAUCGGAGCCAGGAAACAUCGAUUCCAGCUGGCGUUGGAGGCUCGCGCUGUGAAACUGUGUUCAUGCUCCAAGAUCAAAGUGAGAAACGUUCGCUUCAUCAGCUGUCACGCCGAAUAUUUUCCAUCUUCUCCAACAGCACUGUCGUGUAACUUUGAAGACGGACUGUGUGGAUGGUAUCAGGACAACAGUGACAACUUUGACUGGACGGUGGUUAGCGGGAUGGACCACACCAUCGGGCCCGGCAAAAGCCUCGUUGUGGACAUGUGGAGUCCGUCUCUGCGCGGCAUGUUCGGACGCCUGGUUUCAUUCACACAGUCGCCGGGUCCGACAGAUUACUGCCUGUCCUUCUUCUACAAGCUCUACGGGCCCAACGCGGGUGCUCUCAACGUAAAGCUGCUGGACGGCCACGGCUACGAGAUCGUCCUCUGGACGCGCAGUGGCGCUCACGGCAACGUGUGGCACGAGGGACACUGCCCGGUACCACACCAGCUCACAAGCUUUCAGCUGAUGUUCGAAGCGGUCCGCUCCGGCUUCGACGGGCAGGUGGCCAUCGACGAUGUGACGUUCGUGGCCCGUCCGUGCUCCGUGCCCAGGACGUGUUCCUUCGAGGGCCAGCGCUGCGGGUACAGCAGCUCGGGCAGCGUUCACUGGGUCCUGCGCAGCGGACGCACCGCCACCACGGUGCCCGGACCCAAAACCGACCACACACUGGAAACCGACCUCGGUUUCUACAUGAUGGCAAACACGGGAGCCAACAUUCUUCCCUCGGGCAGCGCCGCGGUCCUCACCUCCCCUGUUCAACCAGGCACCACCAAGACCGAGUGUGUGCAUUUCUGGUAUCACAUGGGGGGAGUGAAUCCUGGUUCUCUGACGGUGUACAUGAAGCCGGAGAAGGGAGCGAGGGCGAAGAUCUUCUCCGACGGUCUGAAUCAGGGAGAUGUCUGGCGCCAUGGCAACGGCAACAUCACGAGUCCCCUGGUGGACUGGCAGUUGGAGUUUGAGGUGGUCGGAGCUGGGGGCAAAGACACUCACGUCGCAGUCGAUGACGUCUUCCUUUCAGCGCAUCCGUGUCAAAAUCAAGGUUCGAGGUGCAGUCUGGAGAGAGGGAUGUGCAGCUGGAGCAACACGCAGAACGUUAAAGUGGACAAACUGGACUGGGAGCUGACAUGUCCGGCGGCGGAGAGGCACUACUCCACCCCGCCGGAAGAUCACACGCUGGGCACCGAGAAAGGUCACUUCCUGUUCUUUCCGAGCAGCAAUCGGACGGCGGCCAAUCAAAAUGCUCAGCUGCUGAGCCCUCACCUGCCCCCAACCGGGGGCACCUGCCUGAAGUUCUGGGUCUACAAACCUUUCUCAUCCGACAGUCAGCUGAUGGUGUGGAGGCUGACUGGCGGUCGUCUCCAUCAGCUGCUGGCGGUGGACGAAGUGGGAGGACCGUGGAAGCGCUUCGAUGUCGACAUCACGUCUCCUGAGGAAUACCAGAUUGUGUUUGAAGGAAUCAAAGGCUCGUUGGGCGUCGUCGCUCUGGACGACAUCGAGUACACCAUCGGGGUCAACUGUGCCAAAGUAGUCACCGAUUCCGGGACAACCUCGACGAAAUCAGACAACGCCGGAGGGAUCGCGGCGUCCGUCAUCGUGGUCCUGCUGCUGGUCGGCACUUUGAUCGCCCUGCUCGUCUUCUACUGGCGAACCCGCCAGAGAGACGAGACUUUGAUUGGUCGAUCUUCCCCUUCGCUGUCCAGGAACAGUGGUUUCAGAAAUGAUACGUAUGACCCGGCCCUCACACAGGACCGUGUGACGGUGCCACAGAUACAGAACCAUCCAAUGGCCGCUGGGUUCAAUCAUGUCACUUUCUCCGCUGAUGCCCGAGAGGUGGAGGUGGCGUAAGGAGCCGUGGUCCUGCCGCCCUAAGGUGGCUUUGUGAAUCUAAGGCGAUAUCACAGCAGAAGAACUGCUUGUGUCGCCCUUACACCACACACACACACACACACACACACCACACACACACACACACACACACACACACCACACACACCACACACUCAGUGCUGCUGCCUCAGAUGCGGUGGAGCCCCGGAGGCUUGCAGCUAUCUGCCUGUAGACGGGCCGAUGGAAGUCAGGAGGAAAACUUCAGACGCAUCAUGGAUGGAAAUUAGUUUAACUUUCUUUUAAAAGUCCACGAUUGGCUGCGUCCAGAUUUAAGAUUCCAUUUUCGAUUUUGUCAGGAGGUUCCGAAAGUACCAGGUCAAAUGCGUCUUGACUGAAUCAUGUUUGUCUGGUUUCAGGAGAACUCAGCAGGUUGGGGCCCCUUUUUUUUUAAUUUCGUGUGGCUAUAAUUAGCACUGCGACAUGUCAAUCAGUCAACCUGUAUUUAAAUCUUCUCCUCAGCCUGUGAAAACCUGUUGUGGCACGUUUUGGUGUGGCUCC